AUGGACACUCAGCGUGCCCUGGCGGCGGUGGAGCGUCUCCAGGCGCGGCUGAAGGAGAGAGGGGAGGUGCCCACGGAGGAGAAGCUCAACCUGCUCAAGAGCGUCCUGCAGAGCCCCCUCUUCAGACAGAUCCUGCUCAUGCAGGAGCAGGGCAGCAAGUUGCCCCGAUCUCAGUCCAUGAAGGACCCGGUCACUCAGCACGCCGUGACGUGCCCGCUGUCCAAGCUCUCCAGGAACCACACGGGCUCCCUGGACCCGCUCCCCUCCAACUUCGCCAGCACGGACCUGGACGACUUUGACUUCGCCGUCCGCUCUUUGGCUAAGGGCCGAUACGUGGGCAGUAUAGAGCUGAUCAAGGGUCAGGCUGGUUUGGGCUUCAGUGUGCUGGCUCUUAAAACAGAGAAGAACACCGGACUGGGCAUUUUUGUGGAAGAGAUCAAACCAGGCAGUGUAGCAUACAGGGAUGGUCGUCUAAAGCCAGCGGAUCAGAUCCUGGCAGUGGACAGGCAGCUCUUUGACUCUGCCGUGUCCCAGGAGCAGGCAGUGAGAGCCCUGCAGAAUACUGCUGACAAGGUCACGCUGACCAUAGCCAGAGGACCCAUCCCUCAACUGUCCACCCCGCAGAUGACCAGGACAGUCUCCCUACCCAAGGACCUCUCAGAGCUCCACAAUUUCAGGUGUAUCCAGGCGAUUGAGCUGGAGAAUGAUGGCACGGGCGUCGGCUUUGGGAUCGUGGAGAGCGCGAGCUCGGGCGUCAUGGUCAAGACCAUCGUCCCCGGGGGAGUGGCCGACAGGGAUAAACGGCUGCGCAGUGGCGAUCUGAUCCUGCGGAUUGGUGACACCGACCUGGCAGGGAUGGGCAGAGAGCAGGUGGCACAGGUGCUCAAGCAGGCCAGCACCCGGGUCAGACUGCUCAUCGCCAGAGACACCGCGGACAACGACCUGUCUCACCCUGUUACCCAGCAACAAGAGACAAGAGCUGCCCAGGUGCACAAACUCUCUGAACCCGAGAAGGAUAAGACCUACGACGUGAGAUUCACCAAGAACGCACGCGGCCUGGGCCUCACCGUGGCCAGAGCCUCCGGCCCACCUGGCUCAGAGUCCAGCGGCGUGGUGGUCAAGAGCAUAGAGAAGGGCAGCGCAGUGGACCAGAAUGGACAGCUGCACAUCGGAGAUCACAUCUUAUCUGUGGACGGCCAGAGGUUGCACGGCUGCACCGAGCAGCAGGCCACGCACCUGCUCCGCCAGACGGGCCAGACGGUCUGCCUAACGCUGCUGAGACGGGCCUCCACGGUCCAGCCCGCACCGCCCCUGCCGGUCAUCCCCAAACCGCCGCGCACCACCAAGGCCAACAAGAACCAGAACCGCAAGAUCAGCUUCAGCACCGACCACGGGGUGUCACUCACCGAGGCUGAGGUGGUGCAGCUGAGGACUAGAUGGCAGGACAAGCUGGGGGACCAGUGUGAGGUGAAGGUGGUGCAGGUGCAGAAGUUCUCUGAGUGCAGCAGUCUGGGUGUGAGUCUGGAGGCGCGUGAGGGCCGGCACUACAUCUGCUCCAUGCUGCCCGAGGGCCCCGUGGGCCAGAGCGGACGCGUCACGCUGGGGGACCAGCUGCUGGAGGUGAACGGCAUCAGUGUGGUGGGGGAGACCCAUAAGGAGGUGGUGAGUCUGCUGAAGGAGCUGCCGCUGCGCGUCUGCUUGGUGUGCUCCCACCCGGCUCCGCCCCCAGACCACACGCAGGAGCAGGAGGAGGAGGAGGAGGAGGAGGAGCGCGAGCUGCAGCUCUCCCUCAAAGAACUCCUCAAUGAGUUCAAUGAAAUGGCCGAGCAGAACUGUGUGAGUGUGGCCCCCAAGGACGCUCCGGACUCUGGGAAGGUGGACGGCCUGUCCCCUCUGGCCAUGUGGGAGACGCAGGUGCAGAGCUACGAGCUGCUGAAGGGGGAGGCCGGCUUGGGCUUCAGCAUCCUGGACUAUCAGGACCCAGAAGACCCACUUAAGACGGUGAUCGUGAUUCGCUCGCUGGUUCCUGGUGGAUUGGCAGAAAGAGAUGGUCGGUUGUUACCAGGCGACCGGCUGAUGUUCGUUAAUGACACAGACCUGCGCCACGCCAGCCUAGAGCAUGCCGUUCAGGUCCUAAAGAGAUCCGCUUAUGGCACUGUACGCAUCGGUGUGGCCAAACCUUUACCAGUAAGUCCUGCAUUUGAGAGUGUGGUUGUAGCCCUCAGCCUCAUGCUGUCCCCUCAGGAGCAGAAGGUCGGAGGUCAACUGGGCGGCAUGGAGACGGCGGGGAGACGUUACACCGCCACAUCUCCCGGCAGCAGCUUUCAGAGGACUAUCAGCGUUGUCAGGGGCAACACUAGCCUUGGUAUGACAGUGAGUGCUUUAAAGGAUGGUUCAGGCAUAAUAAUCCGCUCCGUGGUGAGCGGCGGCUCCAUCAGUCAGGAUGGGCGCCUGUGUGUUGGCGACGGCAUAGUAGCCAUUAACGGAGAGCCCACCACCAGCCUGAGCAACGCCCAGGCCAGAGCGCUGCUCCGCAGGCACUCCCUCCUCGCCCCCGACAUCAGAGUUCGACUGUUCAGACAGUCAGGCAAGUCGCUGGGCAUCAGUAUUGCUGGCGGGGGGAAGAUGGGUAAUCGUCUUAGCAACGGGGAGAUGAGGCGGGGAGUCUUCAUCAAACACAUUACCGAGGACAGCCCAGCGGGCAGGAACGCCACCCUCAAGACCGGAGACAGAAUCCUGGAGGUGGCAGGGGUAGACGUACGCGAUGCCACUCACGAGGAGGUGGUGGAAGUGAUCCGCCGAGCAGGAGUCAGUGUGGAGUUUCUACUACAGAGCCCGACGCCGGUGGCUGCAGGGGAGAGGGUGAUGGUGAGGCCCCCCCGCGCCGCGGCCCCCCCUCCCAGUCUGAGUGCCAGGCCUGGGGGGUCACACACACAGGCGGAGGAGGCACUUCCAGACGCACCACAGACUGCUCCAGAGACAGCCAAUAUGCCAGCCCAAUUUGGACCAAGCUGUGACGAGGAGCUAGCUGCCUUGUGGAAGCGUAUGCUGCAGAGGUAUGGGAGUCUGGCGGGGGAGCUGCUGGUGGUGGAGCUGACUCAGGGCAGCCAGGGGCUGGGUGUGCAGCUGGUGGGGAACAAAGAUGGCUGCCGCCCCAACCUAGGCAUCUACGUGGGCGCCCUCAACCCACACGGAGCCGCUGCCGCAGACGGACGCAUCCACGUCGGAGAUGAACUUCUAGAGAUUAACGGACAGAUUCUAUACGGCCGCAGUCAUCAGAAUGCUAACGCUAUCAUCACCAGUGCUCCACACAAAGUCAGAAUCGUCCUCAUAAGGAAUAAGGAGACACCGCAGCAUCUAGCCCUGGGACCAGAGUGUGAUGCUGGCUCCGUGGUCUGCCCAUCGUCAGUGGACACGGCUGGGCCGAGACGUGUCCAGCAGCCACAGAAACCUCUCCUCAGUUUCAGCCAAAGCACCGCUCCUGCCACUCACGGACCUGCAGCCAAUCACACGACGCUUCUCCUUCCCCCCGCCCCGCACGAAGACUCGUGCUGGCCGCCCCCUCCUCCGCCGUGCCUGGCGUCGGGCGACCCGCUGACCUGUCCCAUCGUCCCCGGCUGCGUGAGCACGCUGGACCUGUGCAAGGGCCUGUCCGGCCUGGGACUCAGCAUCGUGGGCGGCUGCAACACGGCACUGGGGGUCAUUCUGAUCCACGAGGUGAACGAGGGGGGAGCAGCAUACAGGGACGGCAGGCUGUGGGCCGGCGAUCAGAUACUGGAGGUGAACGGUAUCGACCUGCGGAUGGCCACACACGAGGAGGCCCUGAGCGUCCUGCGCCUGAGUCCGCAGCGCGUGCGCCUCUGCGUGUACCGCCAGCAGGGGGCGUGUGUGCAGAGACGCGCGCUGGACGAGGCCUCGGCCAGCAGGGGGCAGCGUGGCUACGCGUCGGAGGACAUGUGGGAGCUGUUCACCGUGGAGCUCAAGCCCAGCGCAGCUCAGGGCCUGGGCCUCAGCAUAGUGGGGAAGAGGGAUGACACUGGUGUAUUUGUGUCAGAGCUUGUGAGGGGGGGCGUGGCCGAGGCAGACGGAAGGUUGAUGCUAGGCGACCAGAUCCUAUCGGUCAGUGGAGAGGAUGUCCGCGCCGUAACGCAGGACUACGCCACCUCCCUCCUGCAGCGGGGGGCGUUAGAAUCCUUGGGCUUCAGUGUAUCUGGAGGGGUAGGGAGUCUCCAUGGCGACAUCCACAUCUCCUGGAUGGACCCGGAUGGACUGGCAGCACAGACACAGCAGCUGAGAGUGGGCGACCGCAUCGUGAGCAUCGAUGGCCGCCCUACGGAGGGCAUGAGUCAUGCCCAGGUCGGGGCUCUGUUGAGAAACGCCCGUGGGGCCAUCAGCCUGCAGGUGGUGUCUGGGGGUGCGGACAUUAAGAAUGAAAUCACCAAGGAUCAGACCGCGACAUCAGGGCCUUCAGAGAACUACACUACCCAUAACCACUUAAGUUCUCCUCAGUGCCGCUCCAUCACUUUACACAGAGGAGCCUCAGGUCUGGGCUUCAGUAUUGUGGGUGGAAUGGGCAGUCCCCAUGGCGACCUGCCCAUAUAUGUGAAAACCAUCUUUCCCAAGGGUGCUGCGGUGGAGGACGGCCGUCUGAAGCACGGCGAUCAGAUCCUAUCUGUCAACGGGCUGAGCCUGGUGGGGGUGACGCACGCAGAGGCCGUGGAGAUCCUGAAGAGGAGCAGAGGCCACGUGGUGCUCACCGUGCUCUCAUAG